AUGCUCAACUACAAGAAAGUCCCAUACACGACCAUUUUCCUCGAGUUUCCUGACAUCGCACCGUCUCUGGAAGAACUCGGUUUGACCUCGCAUCCAUCGGGCUCUGGCUCUCAUGUAAACUACACAGUCCCUGCGAUCAAACAUGUUCCGACGGGUACACACCUUAUGGACUCACCAGCCAUCGCCAAGUUCUUGGAGACCACUUACCCCGACCCACCUCUCCCUUUCACAUCCGAACUUGGCCAAGAGAUCGAGACCAAUGCGCGCAGUGCAAUAGGUCCGGCAUUUCGCAUCUCUAUCACCCCACGUGAACACCUCAUCCUCUCACCCCGAUCCCAGGAAUACUUUCGUGCCAAGAGUGAAAAACUACUUGGCUGCAAGUUGGAAGAUCUGAUGAAUGGAGAGAAAGAAGAGAAAGCCUGGGCAGGAGUCAAAGAGAAAAUGAAUGAGCUUAGUGAGUUGAUGAUGACAAAUAAAGACCAGGGGUCGUUUGUGCUGGGAGAUCAUCCUAGUUACACAGACUUUUUUAUUGCGGCUUCACUUCAGUCGGCGAGGACUAUUGAUGAGAGCGUGUUUCAGAGGUGUGUGGAGUAUCCUGGCUUCAAGAUGAUUUAUGAGGCUUGUCAACCAUGGAUGGACAAGAGAGAUUAG